UCAAAAUAAUGGUGUAAAUAUGGGUGGAAAUAGUGGUGCUGGUGGAUUAAUGUCAAAUUCGGGUAUGGAUGCGAUGGCAAUGCGUUCAUCGUUUGAUGCGGCUGCAGCAGCAGCUGCAUGUCAACGUUCAGCUGUAACUGAUGCAUGGUCGGCUGCAUGUUGCAAUGCAAAUGCAAUGAAUUCGGUUGGUGGUAUUGGUCCUGGACCGAAUACAUUUUAUCCAUGGAUGGCUAUUGCAGGAUUAGCCGGUGCUACAGGGUUAAGGCGACGUGGCCGACAAACAUAUACCCGAUAUCAAACACUGGAAUUGGAAAAAGAAUUUCAUACAAAUCAUUAUUUAACACGUAGACGACGUAUUGAAAUGGCACAUGCAUUAUGUCUGACUGAACGACAGAUAAAAAUUUGGUUCCAAAAUCGUCGUAUGAAAUUGAAAAAAGAAUUACAAGCAAUUAAAGAACUGAAUGAACAAGAAAGACAAGCACAAGCAGCUAAAAUGCAACAAGAAAAUAAUGAUAAACGUUGAUUGAUUGAUGAUCGAUGGAUGAUGAUUAAACAGAAAAACCAACAAUUGAAAUGUAUCAAAAUGCAAAUUCAGGAUACAAAAAC